AUGUGGGAGGAAAACAUCACAAAUGUCACUGAGUUCAUCCUUGUGGGCUUUCCUACCACAAUCUGGCUGCAGAUCCUGCUCUUCAUCCUAUUCCUUGGAACAUACCUAUUUGUAUUAAUGGAAAAUCUGGUCAUUAUCUUCACUGUGUGGAUCAAUGGCCCCCUCCACAAGCCCAUGUACUACUUUUUGGGUAUCAUGUCCUUCCUAGAGAUAUGGUACAUCACUGUCACUGUCCCCAAGAUGCUGACUGGCUUUCUCUUUCACCCUAACACCAUCUCAUUUUUGGGUUGUAUGACUCAACUCUAUUUCUUCCUUUCACUCGCCUGCACAGAAUGUGUGCUCCUGGCUGCCAUGGCUUAUGACCGUUAUGUAGCCAUCUGCCAUCCACUCCACUACCCGGUCAUCAUGACCAUAGAGCUCUGUAUCCAGUUGACUGCCACCUCCUGGUUAUGUGGUUUCUCUAUUGGUAUAGUCAAGGUCUAUUUCAUCUCACGUGUUUUCUUCUGUGGUAACAAUGUGUUAAAUCACUUUUUUUGUGAUGUUUCUCCCAUCCUUAAAUUGGCCUGCAAGAACUUUUCUAUGGCUGAGGCGGUGGACUUUGCCCUGGCCAUUGUCAUCCUUCUAUUCCCAUUUUCAGUUACCGUUCUCUCGUAUGGCUUCAUUAUCAACACUGUCCUACACAUCCCUUCAGCUGCUGGACAGCGGAAAGCCUUUUCUACCUGUGCUUCCCACCUCACAGUAGUGAUCAUCUUUUACACAGCUGUAAUCUUCAUGUAUGUUCGGCCUCGGGCUAUUGCCUCCUUCAACUCCAACAAACUGAUCUCAGCCAUAUACGCAGUCUUCACGCCCAUGUUGAAUCCUAUUAUCUACUGCCUGAGGAACCAAGAAGUCAAGGAUGCCAUCAGAAAGACCCUGACCAGUGGCUGGGCCCUAUUCCUGAGAGACUCCUCCUUUUAA